UCUGUUCGCUAUCCUACAAGCCGAUAUCUCCCGAGAAGUGACGUGUUGUCAGUCGAUCGUGGGGCAGGCCAGUUCUCGGGGUCCCCCUGUAAUAUAAUAACAUAAAACACAAAGAGGUACGUACGUCAAUACCAUCCGCUAUGAUUGCAUUAGCUCCUUACAUUCUACGUUGCUAAUCACAAGAUACCAUCUACUAUGCGGAUUGAAUGAAAACAAAAAGUAUACUCUUCCUCCUUGACGUGGCAACGGUACCACCUUGUCAAUUCUGUGUUCCGAAUGAAAGGGGAGCGCUGCGGAGUGGCCGCUCCGCGCAUCACUGCACCCCACUAUUCUUCACGCACUCGUAAACCGCGUACAUACGAAUCAUGUUCACCUUCCGGACCUUUUCUGUCACUCAUAGUUACUCGUGGUUUUCAAUACGGAUCUUAACAUAAUCAACUAUCCAGCAUUACGAUUGGAUAGUUUCUGCAACUUUUGUUCUUUGUCUAGAGAUAUUGGUUUCCUGUUAAACAAAAGAGAAGUGGUCUUUCAGUACAGGUAUUAGCCUAAAUAUUAAACCUGAUGGGCAGAGUUACUCUGAUGAAUAAAGGAGCAGAAUUGGCAUCUCUUAUCCUAUUUAACAGUUACAAGCAUGUGAGUUGAAAAGUCGUAGCUUCCGACAAUCUACUCGGUAUGAUUGUUCUUCCUAUUCCUGACAUCCUGCUCGUGUGGAGUUCAUUGGUACGUUUCCACGGUGCUCUGUACUGUAACAUUCAGUGCAAUCAAAUCCGAAUGACCUACAAACUCAUUAUCCGCUUUUUACGUAUUACUGAACCUCUUUCGAUAACAUGCUCUCCGACUAAAGGGUCGAUUCUAGUUGAUCGACAAAAGUGUUUUGCGUCAGUAGCAUUCAAGACUAUCUUAUGUUCGAUAUUUUAACUUUACGGAGUAUAAAACUUGCGAACGAUGAUCAUACAUUGCCGUCGAAGUACGCUUGAAGUACGACCUCGACUCCGGAUUUGUGUGUUCUAGAAGAAAUGGACGAUUGUGUCUAUAAUGUGCAGUGUAAAAGCAGGUGAAUGUAUUAUUCUUUUGUUCGUUGAAACUUCCAAGCACCUAUCAAAUAGAAAUUAAGAAUUUUACUUCCACCUAAUAACUGUGCAACAUGCAAUCCAAUUGUGGCGAUACAGUUGACAUGGCUGUAGCUGCACAAUCAACAAUCAUAGAAGGUAUUUCUAGUACUGAUAGCAUUGGAACACACAGUGACAUUUCUGGACAUACUACUAUCCCAGGAAGACCUAGAAUGGAUGUAGCUUGUGUGUUAGAUUUACAACAAUCAGAACAUUUAGCUCAAAGGAAAAGAGCCUUAGAAGAAGUUAGACAAGCAUGUAAUCUAGUUAAUGCCAAUAUGCAUCAUAUUCAGUUUGAAAAGCUGGACUUUGGAGAAACAAAUGUACUCGAUACAUUUUAUAAUGCAGAUGUAGCUGUUGUUGAUUUAAGCAUCCAAUUACAACAAUCUGCUUUGUUCUAUCAUCUUGGUGUCAGAGAAAGUUUCGGCAUGAAAGAAAAUAUUCUGUUACAUAAUGAUAUAGAUACAGAAACAACAAUAAGAAUUAAGUUAUCAUGCGGUAAUUAUACAUUUGUUUCGUACCGUGUGGUGGAAUGUGGUUCAUGUGUGGCAACAAAUCCAGCUACGACCAGAAUUACUGGAGAGGAAGUUAUAGACCCAAAACAACAUCUUACAUUGAAACUCAAGAAGUUAUUUCAAGACGUUGAAGUACAAUCUAAGGCUCAUAUGAAAGAAAAGUUUUUAGCAGAUUUACGGAAAGCUCGUGAAACAUAUUCUGCAGAAGAACUUUCCAAAGCUUUGAACAACAUGCGUAAACGUUUAGAUGAUCCAAACGUUUUAUCUGGAGAGGUUGUUUUAAAUGUUUUGAUUUCCUUUCGUGAAAUACAGGAUUAUGAUGCAAUGGUACAAUUAGUUGAUGAUUUAAGAACUAUACCGACUCAUAAAAAUUAUAUCAAUACCCCGGCUAUUCGUUAUUUAUACGCAUUUGCAUUAAAUCGGCGGAAUAAGGAAGGUGAUAGAGAGAGGGCAUUAAAAGUUAUAGAAAAAGCGUUGGAGAAGAAAGAAAACCAUGUUCCUGAUAUGUUAUGUUUGUGUGGAAGAAUAUAUAAAGAUAAAUUUGUAGAAAGUAGACAUACUGAUGAAGAAAGUUUAAAGAAUGCAAUUCGUUGGUAUAGGAAAGGUUUUGAGGUUCAACCAAAUGAAUAUGCGGGUAUCAAUCUCGCUACAUUGCUUGUUAUAGCAGGGAAUGAGUUUUCUAAAAGUGAGGAAUUGCAACAUAUAGGCAUGGUAUUGAAUAAUCUCAUUGGCAAGAAAGGUAGUUUGUCAAGUUUAAAGGAUUACUGGGAUGUGGCAACAUUCUUUGAAAUCAGUGUACUUGCCGAGGACCAUUCGAAAGCUAUUCAAGCCGCUGAAUGCAUGUUCAAAUUGAAGCCGCCAAACUGGUACCUGAAAUCAACAAUAGGGAACAUAUCGCUGAUAGAUAGGUUUCGUAAAAAGAAUGAAGAGGCGGAGGUUUCACCAGAGGAGCACAUAUUUUGUUUUUGGAUGGACUACUUUGUUGAAGCUACAAAACCGGAAGUUGGAGAUAGUAUACGGUUUCCACUCUUAGUGUUGGAGCCCACGAAGAUCUUGAUGCCCAGCUAUGUAAACGUUAACCUUGGAGCAGAAGAGAAAUCCGUGCAAAUUUGGAACCUGUGCUUGGAUAAUAUGAAGAAUAAUUGCAAACAAGUUCACGAUUGGUUAUUUACCGCGAACAUGAUACGGAGUGUAAGCUUAUAUAAAAGAGAUGAACGCUGCCUUUUUUUAUACGUUCACCAAAAUUCCGACGAUUUCCAAAUGUAUUUCCCAUCUGUUCAAUGCAGAGAACGAUUUUAUGAUUUAAUCUUGGAAAUGACCAGAGAUCAGGAAGGUAUGGUUACAGACCUAGAUGCAUACAUGACUGAUGAUAGGAUGAAGUUUGAAUAUGAAUUGGAUGAUCAAAACAAACGAAUCACGCUAGGUAAAGGUACAUACGGGGUUGUCUAUGCUGCUCGAGAUUUAAACACGCAAGUCAGAAUUGCUGUCAAAGAAAUUCGCGAACGUAAUUUAGGAGAUGUGCAACCUUUACACGAGGAAAUUAAAUUACACAGUCAAUUGAGACAUAGAAACAUCGUGCAAUACUUGGGUUCCGUAAGCGAAGAUGGAUACUUCAAAAUUUUCAUGGAACAGGUCCCUGGAGGUAGUUUAUCAGCUUUACUAAGAUCAAAGUGGGGCCCCCUGAAAGAAAAUGAAUCUACAAUUGCAUAUUAUACUAAACAAAUUCUGGAAGGUCUUAAAUAUCUCCAUGACCAAAAAAUUGUUCAUCGGGAUAUCAAGGGCGAUAAUGUUUUGGUAAAUACAUAUAGCGGAGUAGUAAAGAUUUCAGACUUUGGUAUGUCGAAACGAUUAGCCGGUUUGUGUCCAAGUACAGAAACGUUUACUGGAACAUUACAAUAUAUGGCACCAGAAGUUAUCGAUAAAGGACAGCGUGGAUAUGGUGCUCCUGCAGAUAUUUGGUCUUUGGGUUGUACAAUAGUUGAGAUGGCAACUGGUAAACCACCAUUCAUUGAAUUAGGUUCACCUCAAGCUGCAGUUUUUAAGGUUGGAUAUUAUAAAAUACAUCCCGAAAUACCAUCGGAAUUAUCUGAAAGGGCAAAGAAUUUUAUAUUGCGCUGUUUUGAACCUAAUCCUGACAUAAGAGCAAGUGCAGCUGAAUUAUUAGAAGAUCCAUUUUUAAAUGAAAAAAAGAAAAUCAAUCGAUUGCCGGCACCACCUGAUUUUAGUAGAAGCAUUUCAGUACCUGCCGACAGACUUGAACGCUUAGGGAAAUCUGAUAAAACGAAUAAUAAUCAUAUCGUUUCUGCUUCUCCUAUUCAGACUUCUCAAUCAGAUGAUAGUGUUACAUACAGUGGAGGGCUGACAAAGUCAAGUCCACUGAGGGAGCGCAGUCCAGCACACCUUCUGUCUCCCAUCAGAAUGCCCACUGCAACCCUUUCUUUUAACAGUAUGAUAGGAAAUACACCAUCUAUAGAGACAAGCGAAAGUGAUACGUCGGGAGCUUCAAUAACUAGAAGAAGUUCUUCCGGUGGUUUAUUAUCACCAGAAGUUGAAUUAGGAGGACAACCUGGUCAGAAAACUGGCGAAGAACAAGAAGGUUUUUAUUUACUGAAAAAAGAUAGUCAAAGAAGAAUGACUCUAACUAGAGUUCUUACUCAAGAUGAGGCAAAAAUCUGUGAAGUAUGGAUGCGAGGUAUACAUCAGGCAGAAGGACAGACUGUCCUACAAAUGAAACAUUUAAUAUUAUUAAUGCGUGCCUUGCGAGAUUACAUUGCGGAACAAAAUCAAGAAGUAAUCGUAACAGCUAUUAGAACGUUGAAAGAAGAAUUAGACUUUGAUUCCACCGCUAUUAAUCAUCUUAAUAUAGCUAUUUAUCUAUUUCAAACGGCAGUCAACGAAGUUUUACGAAUGCACAGUAUAAAGCCUCACUGGAUGUUUGCAUUGGAUAAUUUAGUCAGAAAUGCCGUACAAGCGGCCAUCACUGUACUCUCUCCUGAACUGGGAGCCAAUUUACUUGAUCAAGAACGCGAACAAUGUGACGGUCAAGGGCCAGAAGAAGGAUCUACAUCUGGUGCGUCGACUGUAAAUUCUGUAAAAUCACAAAAAACCGGUGAUUCUUUGGAUAAUAAGUAUUGGAAAGAAUAUCGAGAUCAAAUGGGAGCUUUAAAGACGGAGAAUUUGAGAUUGCUACACGAACUCAUUGAAAGUCAGAAGUCGUAUCAAGUUUUAUUGCAACAAAUUCUUGAAGAGCAAAGGACACAGGUUAAUACCCUAACACGACUUUGCGAAAGUAUAAAUAGACGAACUAUAAGACAAGAAUCAGGGUAUAAUUCAUCAAUAUCUGGAAAUAUACCGCAACAGGCAAUUUCAUUAAUUGUUAGCGAUAUGCCUACUAACGUAACUUCAUAUACUGACCAAGAUCUUGCAGAAUGGUUACGAAGUCUUCAGAUAGACGAAGUGUCUAUCGAAAGGUUUUUAUAUGAGGAGUAUACGUUAGAGGAUAUCUUGAAUCAUGUUACACGUGACGAUAUACGCAGACUUAAUCUCAGAGGUGGAAUUGAACUGAGGAUAUGGCAAGCUAUAUCGAAGCAUCGACAAAACAAGGAUUAAAUAAGGUUAAAUGAAACAAAGGGAAUAGUAGUUGAAUUGUAUACCACAUUGGAGUUGGUUUGGUUGGUUAGCCUUAUGCAGGGUAAAAUACUUGUUGAAUAUGAUUGCCGUAAAGUACAUGGUUAACGAGAGCAGAGUUAUUAAAUAUUUAGUAUCGAAUGAAAUACCUGUGUCGUUUAUUAGAUUAUUAUGCGUGAAACAAGUU